UAGAUGGAUGAUCCCUCAUGAUAGCAGCAUUCCGAUUCAUUCGCUCGUGUUCAUUUUGAUUUGGCUGUUUUACAUUUCAAUUUUAAUGUACUGUUUUCUUUUAGGUUUUAAAUGGAUGGCGAGUUACGUGAUUGUGAACAGACUUUUGGAUGUAAGGAUUGUGAUGUAAUUGUGAUGUAAUGGAAUGUUCUUUAGACAUUGUAUAAAAUUAGGACAAAUGAUACCAAACAUUUUUUUCCAUAGAAUUUGGCUGUCAACGGAUGAAAUCUUCUUCCUUUUUAUUAUAAAAACAUUUGUAUUUAUCUGAUAUGGGAUGCAAAGCUUAAAUUUUGUAUGUUUUUUUGGAAACUUAUCAAAAAAUCAAUUUUUAUCCACACAUAACGAUAAUAUUUUAAAAUUAUGCACAGUAAAACAAAUUUAUGAAUUUAAUUUUCAAGAUAGUCAUUCGUACAGCGGAGUUGUCAAAAGCAUCGAAUGUCAAAACUCAACACAGACGGCUUUACGCGGAAUUUGUGACUGCAAUUUGUUCAGGCCUAUCUUCACUGUUUCACGUGAAUUCGAAACUACGACGCAGACGCUUCAAGUUGUUGGUGAGCUACGGUUGCAUAUCUCUACAUUCCGAGUUUUGCAUUCUAACUGCAGUAAGUGUGCAACGCAUCGCUUCGAAAAUGGAUGAACUACACAUCAAAAAUUACGGGGACGUGAUUAUUUGUCCCUACGAUAAGACGCACGUUAUUCCGGCUGGCCGUAUCCAAAGGCAUUUGAUUAAAUGCGAAAAGCAACACCAGCAUUUAAAUUAUGCCAUUUGCAUCUUCAACACGACACAUCGUGUCCCGCAGGAGGAGCUGCAAAAACACCAGCGAAACUGUCCGGACCGUGGUCUGAUUGAGAUUGAGAAGUACACGUUGGAAGACUCGCAGCCGGCGUCGUAUUCGCAUCUGGAGGCAGCGAUGGAGCGAAUGUUAUGGGAAAGAUCAUCGAUGGGUGUGCGUGAGGAUUCCGAGCGGCAGGAUGAAAAUUGGGAUGAUAUGGAUGCUCCGCCGUACGAUCCAGAGGAACAUUGCAAGAAUAAGGCGGUCAUCCGAAAGGCGGUAAAUAUGACGCGUUCCGAGCGACGCAAGUUUCGUGCGGAAGAAAGCAUUCGCCUUCGCCCGCUUUAUGCCCUGGAGAACGACGAUAAGCCGGAAUAGAAUGUCAAUGUAAUGCUGCGCUAUCAUUGCGCAUAAUAAGACAAAGAAUGCGGUUUUUUUUUGUGGAGAAUAAAGCAGAUAAUUAGAUAAAAAGAAUAUCCUUGUAGAUUGUUUUAGAAAAAUCAUUUCUGGUUGAGAAGAUCGUUUGCUUUAAUGAACUGUAUUGUGUUGUGUAGUUGAAUGUACGAGUUCACAAAAAACAUUGCAUAUUUUUCCGGGGCUGCUACUUCGCUUUUUUAAUGUCUAGGUUGCCUGAGUUUGCUUAGGUUUAUCAUCAAAAAAUCAAAAUUGAUCUUCAGCAUUGUUCGUCCAUACAGUCUAUGCGCGGAUUAUUGUCAAUUGUCGUAAGUAUACUCAUUCCAGGCUAUCCUAGUUUCCUAACCUGUUGACGAUAUACUAUAGCUAUGUUUUUGUUUUCUUCUUUAAUCUUAUUCAUUGUCCUACUAAUGGAGCCGCUGCUGGUGAUCGCUGAGUUGCUGAAGUACAACAUACAAAAGCCAUUAGUGUGAAUGAGUUGUACUGCCAAGAACCCAGACCCAGAUGUUGCGGCACGUGAACAGGAACCAAAUGUGCGUAAGGUAUGACAAACUGAAGCGCCACUCGAUAUAAGAACAGGAUUAACUUAACGCCCACAAAAUGUUUUAAUAAGAAAUAUUUAAAAACAUAUUAAACUGAGGACAGAGUCGCUUUAAUAGGAAACAGAAAACAAGUACAGUGGAGCGCCGAUUAUCCGGGUACCUUUUAUCUGGCUGUUCCAUUAUCCGUGCAGCUCGGAAAGGACAGUUCCGAAGGUGAAUUGACAUAAAAUGCCAAACCGAUAAUGACACGAAAUAAAAGCUUCAAUAGGGAAUGAUAUAAUUUGCUCAAAUUCGAAAAAAGAACCGAUUUACUUUGUAAAAUUUCAAUAAGAAAAUGAACAUCUAGCUUUAUAAAAAAAGUCCACCCAUUACACACUAAGCGCUAAUAUUUAUCAAUAAAAAGAGUUGUGCCUAGUAUCCGUGAUAUUCGCUUAUCCGUCCCGAUGAGCACGGAUAAUCGGCGUUCCACUGUAGUCAAUUUCAAAACGUUGUACUUGUAGAAAGUGAAACUAAUUUGCGAAAACAUAUGCUUUAUUUUACUCUCAAGCAUUCGGACAUGUUACAACGUUACAUAAUAUAUCAAUAGAUAAAUCUUAUACAUGUUUAAAGCUUUCCUACGUAAUUGAAUGAAA